GCGGGGAGGUGGAGGAGGAAAAUACCAAGCUCCAUCCAGCGCCGAGAACGCGAGCAUUUACGCAGAGUCUGCGUCGCUCUCAGCAGACACACACACACACACACACAGAGACCAGAACAAACCAGAACCGUGAAGUUCUUUGUUGUUAGUGUUGCUGCUGCUGCUGUUGUUGUUGUUUGUUCGUCUCGGUGACCAACAAUCCUCCCUACAAAGAGUCUCCACGGAGCAGGCGCAGGAAACCGAACCGCUGCCGUACCGGACUCGUCAGCAUCAGGGAUCCACCAUGGUCAUCAAAGUCUACAUCGCAUCGUCCUCUGGAUCCACCUCGAUCAAGAAGCAACAGCAGGAUGUGAUGGGUUUCCUGGGAGCCAAUAAGAUCGAGUUUGAGGAGUGUGACAUCGCCGCCAACGAGGCCAACAGGAUGUGGAUGAGGGAGAACAUCCCGGAAGAGUCCAGGCCGGCCACGGGCAACCCUCUGCCCCCGCAGAUAUUUAAUGAGAGCAAAUACUGUGGGAACUAUGAGGCCUUCUUCGACGCCAGGGAGGACAACGCCGUGUAUGCAUUUCUGGGUCUGACCGCCCCCCCAGGCUCCAAGGAGGCAGAGGCGCUCGCAAAGAAGGCGCAGGAGUAGCUGCUUGGCAUCAUUUCCACCCGAGACCUCAGACUUGACCUGGACCCAAAACUACACCCAGAACCACCCGGAACAAAUCCAGAGAGAAGAGAAGCAAGCAACAUGUCACCAUGUUUAAAAAAAAAAGUGUUUUUUUUGUUUGUUAUUUUGUUAAAAUGACUUUUUUUCCCCUGUCUUUUAAAUAUUCCAUGUGCUCAGCUGUGCCUUGUUGUCCGCCUUGUUAGAAAGUCCGACAUUGAAGCAUCAUGGGUAAAUAAAGAACGGCCUUCACUAACCUCUGCCUUGCUAGGCUAAUCAACGUUAGCUGAACAUGUAGCUUCAGUGUUUCACAGCACUUCAUGGACGCACUGUGAAAAAGUCUUAAGUCAGAACACGGUCCAUGUCAAUCAUCAUCACCACUGAGUCCAGAAUCAUUCAAUCAGACCGGACCAGAACCAGAACCAGGACGGGGCCCAAACCGCAGGUUGUUUUUACUUUAAAGUGUCUUAAGGUCAUUUUCAUGUCAGACUUUUUUUUUCAAUCACGGCGUGAAUGUUUGAAAGGGACAGACGUUUGUAAACACAGAUGGAUGUGAAAGUGACUUUUUAUUAGUUGUGUUUGUUGGAUUUUUUUUUAUUAUUAUUAUUUUUUAAAUUUUGGCUUCUUCUAACAGUGUUUUGUAAAUCCCUGUUUACAGUCAAUGUCGUCCCUGAAAUAAAGCUUCAAGCAUU